UGUAGACUUGGUAGCAGUGCACGACUCCGGUGUCUGCGCUCGUGCUAAGUACACUGCUCUCAUCCUCCAUACUUACUUUUGGUUCACGGAGGAGUCUGUCUCGAUACUAGGGGGAAGAAAUAUGGAUAAUUCGCGUCCAUCCUCGCCGGACGCCCCCCCACAAGACCUAUGGUCGUCAAUUCUCGACUCCGUGUCUAAGUCGCGGUCAAUCCCAGCGAAACAGGUCCUAGUGCUUGGACAACCGUCCACGGGAAAGUCAACAUUGGUUUCCGCUUUGCUCAAGAAACCACCCGCGGAUGCGGACAAAGAAGAUCAUCGUUCAGAUUUCGCGCUAGGCUACGACUGGGCUGACGUGAAGGACGAUGCAGACGAAGAUAUCCUUGCACGACUAUCAAUCUACACCGUUCCUUCGUCAGCAGCCUCAUACACCGCGCUACUACCUCACUUCCUCCCACCACGAGCAUCACUACCACAUACAGUCAUACUCGUCGUGCUUGACUGGACGCGACCGUGGACCUUCGUCGAGGAACUGGAAACAUGGUUAGAGUGGGUCGAGAAGUGGGUGAAGGGAGAUAGUGGUCGAGAACUGGAGAUAGUGCGUGAGGAGAACCAUGAACGAUUGCAGGCAUAUCUACAACAUUACGCGGAACCUACCGCCGAUCCAAUACCUACGACGUCGACCAUGUCCGGAACGGUGUUGCCACUGGGGCCUGGCACCCUGACGCAUAACUCAGCCGGUGUACCGAUCAUUGUAGCGUGUACGAAGGCCGACCUCAUUGACGAGAACAACGACGUGCUCGGGCCUGGAACUUCAGGAAUGGGUGGUAUGGUGAAGGGCAAGGGUGGGGAGUGGGAGGAGCGGACAGACAGCAUCAUGCAGAUCUUGCGGACGAUCUGCCUGAAAUACGGGGCGGGACUGUUCUACACAACACCGCUUCCGGAUACGCUGCAGGUCUUGCGACAGUAUGCACUCCAUCUUCUGUUUAUGCCUCCGGCGCCGUCGCCUGCUAUGGCUGGCUCAGAAGCACCUGCGCCCGUACGGAAUCCUUUCCCCUUCCAACACAAGCCGAACGCUCUCGACCGAGACCGAAUCGUCGUUCCUGCAGGAUGGGAUAGUUGGGGGAAGAUUGGCGUACUCAGAGAUGGCUUCGACGCAAAGACUUGGGGAGAAGCUUUGGAACGUGAUCUUGAUCGCGACGAGGGCGAGACUGAGCCAGGCGCGAAGAAGUUGUAUGCCACCCUUGUACCUGACCAGGGUGCAAAGCCACCGCCAUUACCACCGUUCAACAACCCUACACCAGAGCAGGCGUUUUUGGCGAGGAACUACGACGAGAACUCGAAGAAACCAGACCGCGAUCCUCGAGGAGCGUUCCGGAACCCCAACGAGAACAUCGCUGCAGGUAUCGUUGGUCCCAUGGGCAGCAGCAGCUUCACGCUGCCGAACGUCGAGCGUGCUCUCACAGAGAUGGAGGGCAUCGUUGGUGGUGGCUCGAGUUCAUUGGGCAUGAGCACAGCUCCAGAUGGUGGGCGGAAACAUGCCAGCCGAACGUCCGGUCGGCCUCCGUCAACGCUGGCAGUGCCUGUAUCGGCUUCCAACUCUCGGUCAAGUGCAGCGUCGCCCACUUUGUCUGCUGGGUCGCCAAGUCCGACGGGCGGCCAAACGCAGCAUGAGGUCCUGCAGAACUUCUUCCAGAGCCUGUUGUCCAAUAAGGACAGAGCGUCUGCUGCCGCGGCCACGGGCCGGACGACUUCGCCAAACUCGAAGUCAAAUGGCAAUGCCAGCGGCACAGACGAAGGGACCUAAGAAAGCGAAGUAUACCGUUUGUAACACUUCUCUAGGUUGGGAUUAUGCGAUACCAUUCGAUAUUC